UUAUAAACGCGGACGACAACCAGCGUGUAGCGUUAUGAAGUGAAGCGACUUAGCGCUGAGCAGCUUAGUGGGUCGCGUUGCAAAUUACACCAAUUUAACCAAAAAAAAAAAAGGAGCAUACUUUUGGGUGCAGGUUGUUUAUAGUGAGAGUAGUGAGAUUUUUUAUGAAAGUGUUAGUUAAUGCCAAUCAACUAGCAGAAAUUGAAGAAAAUAUUCUAUAAAACUAGUUUAAGUGUUAUCGUGCUUAACAGAAAAUAGAAAGAAACGCAAAAUAGCAAUGUGUUGCUACCAAAAAGCGCCUACAAGUGUGCUACAUUUGCUAAUCUUGCCGGUCGUUUUAUUGUUGCUGCACUGCAUUCAUAACGUUGCGGCAAUAAAAUGUUAUGUUUGUGAUUCCAGUGUAAAUCCAAGCUGUGAAAAUUUGAAAUCAAAUACCACUUUGGUGGCAGAGGAAUGUACACUCGAUAAAAUGCGAACUACCGAUACAUGGCUAUUCGAAUUAAAUCGAUUCGCUUAUUUCGAUACUGGCAUUAGAGAUGGACCGCUUAUGAACUGCCAAAAAGUAGUGGCCAGAGAUCCACGUAACAGCAAAAUGGUCACGGCACGAUUCUGUCAAUUGGAUACCGCCGAUUCGGAUGCUUGCCAAAUUUUGGGCACCAAAUUGGGUUGGCCACCAGAGUUGGCGCGCAAUGCGAAUAAAGAUGAGGAGGAUAAAGACAAGAAGAAUGCAAAUAAAAGGAAAGUGAUGAACGGUAGACAUGGCAAUAAUGGUGGUGGUGGUGAUGGUGAACAAGAUUUAGAGUUGCAUUGUUCUAUUUGCCAUUCGGACGGCUGUAAUGGCAGUGAAAAUGUGCAACAAUGGAAUACGUGGUGUAACAGUAUUUUACCAUUGCUCAUAGCUGUAAUAAGCCGGUUACGUCAUAGUGCGUGGUGAAUAUAGAAACCAGCUGAUGUUGCUUACUUUUAGACUGUCGUGGUGUAGUACAGAGAAAGUGGAAUGAAAUAUAAAAUUAAGUUAAAUUAUUAGCAGUAAAAUACUGUUAAAAAAAAUGGUGCAAUAUAAUUUUAAGGUUAAGUUAUGUGAGUCACAAGUGUCGCUCAACAAUAUUUUACCGUUUCAUGCGGAGCUUGAUUGCUGAGCACAACACUGAAAAAUGCCUUGAGUUUAGCGUAUUUUUUAUUAGAUUUAUUUAAGGUGAAUUGAUGAGUCGUUACAUAUUAGGGUGUGCACUGUAAAUAAACAUUCGUCGUAUAUUGUUAACUGUGUAAAUAAGCAUUAAAAAACAUACAUACAUAUGUAGCUUCAUAUUUAAGUCGAAUUUGGCGAGAAAUUAAAUCGAAAGCGCAUGAAAAAAUAAUUUAUUAAAUCUGAACAAUUUAUGAUAAGAAAAUCCAACGUACUUUCAAGUUAAUUUUUAUUUUUCCAUUUGC